AUGUGGCAGAUGACAAACAGUUCUUCAUCUACUCAUUACCACCACUGGCUCAGCAGAAGCGAACACUUGGUGGAGACACCCACAGGUGAUAUUUAUUUUGUCAAGUGGUACACACAACGGUGCUUGAGUAGUGGGAUGGCGCUUACGGAGCGGUUCUACGUGUUCAGGCUGUUGAAAAACGGAGCGAUUUGUCACAUUAGAGAUAUUGGAGACAAGUGUAUCUUCCUCUCCUCCAGAGGUGAACCUUUCUGUCUCCAGGCUAGCUUGUAUGGCCUCUCCAGAAACUGCAUCUAUUUUGUUGGCGGCGAUGACUUCGGGAAAUUCAACAUCGCCGAUAAUCUUGUUGUGUCUAAGGAAAUGACAACUUCCCCUGCCCCUUACAUCAUUCCACCUCAAUCCUAG